AUGGCGGGCGAAGCCAUUUGUGGAGAACGUGAGAGCGAGGUCGUCUCGAUGCCGGCGAAAAGAUCAGAGAAGAGCCUCAACAAGUCCUGCACUACCUCCAUGGCUCGAGCGCUUGCUCUAUGCAGACAAGGACUGAAGACAUUGAAGGAGGACAGCGUUUCUUCCGACCUCCUCUUCUCCCUUGGGGUCCUCCUCCUCCGUAUCGGGAACUUCUCGCAGGGACAGGAGAUCUUUGAUCGCGGGCUGUACAAGUUGAUAGGAUCAUCGUAUGACUGCUCGGAUGCUGCUCGAAUCCUUGAAAUGAUGGCACUUGCUCGGCGUGUGCAGAUGCUGGAAGAAGAAGGAGAGUUCGAACAAGCGUCAAGGUCUCAUGUGCUUGUUCUUGCUCGAGUUUCCAACACGUCGCAAAGGCAGAAGACGUGGAAGUUCGGAGACGAUUACGGCUGCGCAGAUUGUCUGCAUGCUUACAUGAAGGUUUGGAACAAGAGUUUGGAAGGAGUGAUGUCGAAUUCGACAGUCUUUCAUACAAGAGAACAGAAAACCUGUCAAGCAGCCAGGAUGAUUGUGAUGCGGAUGGAGCAUGAUGAAAUGGGUUUUGCUGCAUCCUUUCACAUGGUGAAAACAAGUCCAACCAGGAAGGUGCAGAUGGCGAGGUACCAAGGAGAGCACAAGGGAAGGAUGAAGGCGAAGAGAGAAGUGACGACGUCGGUUGUUCAGAUGAGAGAUGAACGAAGAGUCCUGGUGUUGGAUUGGAAGGCUCAGCAGAAAGUUCUGUUGCAUUACAGAGAUUUUUGUUCCGGCCCAAUGGUGAUGGAGGAGGAGGAGGAGGAGGAGGAGGAGGAGGAGCAGAAGCAGGGGGACCAGGAGGAGGAGGAGGAGGAGGAGGAGGAGGAGGAGGAGCAGCAGCAGCAGCAGCAGCAGGACCAGGAGGAGGAGGAAGAGGAGGAGGGUAAUGAUGAAGAGCAAUGUACAGCCAUGGCCUUGGUCCCGGUGGUGUCUCAUAUCAGAGAUCACUUAUCACUGUUGACGCGCGAGGCAAGAAGUGCUGAAGAGAGUGUUCUUUCUGUACAUAUCCGACGAGGAGACAAGUUUACAGAGUCUCCUACAGUGAGCGAUGAAGUGUACAAGAACAUCAUCAGAGGGUUGGCGGAGAAGAAGAAAGUUCAGCACAUGAUUGUUGAGAGCGACGACCCUGUCGUGUUCGCAAAGGCUGUUGAAUGGAGCAAAGAGUUCAAGAUCAAUGUGAUGUAUUCGCUGAUAAACAUCACGGAAUAUGCAACCUCAGCCAUCUCCCUUGUUGCUCGUCUUGCUCUCGGAAACAUUUUCCUCGGUUCCUUCUCCUCCAACGUCUUCCGACUCGCAUAUGAAAUUGCAUUCUCGGAAGAGAAUAUCAAGUUUUCUCCUUGUUCUCUCGAUGUCUUAUGGUACGCAAGCCCAUGA